GGAGGCGGAAGUGGGGUCGAAGUCACUAGCCGGAAGAGGCGUGUUAAGCGAAUGUCCAAGACGAGGCGGAGUGAUGGUGGCGGCGCCGGUGGGGUGUCAGAUCGGGAGAGCGAUCUGGCCACCCCGCGGCUGACCAACGACGACCGAAUCAGCGGAAUGUCAGUGGAGAGGAUGGGCAGUGAUGCUACGGGAUUGGGAGAUCGGGGCAGUGACAAUAUGGACGGCAGUUUCGGAGGUCCUUCGCAGGGAGAUGGUGGAGGAAGGAGGAGGACCAAACACAAGCUCAAUUUCCAAGGCACCAAAAGUACCAUUGUUGGUGGAAAAUCGCGUACUGCCAGUUCCACAAAAAUCACCACCGGAGCCUCACUCAUUCCGGAUCUAAAUCUGGUGAUUAAUCGAAUGCGCAACAUGCCCGACGACUCCUUCGUCUAUAUGGACUAUAUGCUGCCCCACGACAGUGAAUACUUUACGCCGUACAGUCUCCGUUUGGUGGAGUACAGCGACCUGAACACCUACGAACCCUUCUACACGGUGACCCGUCAUGGUGUUACCUUCUGGCAUUGCUCCGAGAACUUCUUCACGCCCCUGGAUCAAUGGCAGCAGGAGUUCGAACAAUUCCUGAGCAUCAUUCAGAUACGAUCCUUUUCCAUUUUUCGUCUCUGGAAGGGAUUCAAGGUGUGGGAGAAGACGAUCAAGUGGCGGAAAUUGAACGAAGCCCGUGACUUUUUACAAAAUAAUCUAUUUAUCGUAAUACCCCAAUUGGCGAAAGCAAUUCUACGAAUGAGAAGCGAUAUCGUACAAAUGGAACGUUUAAAUUUUGUUAAUGUCAGCAAUGUAGAGAACUGGCAUCCUUUCUACUUCCUGGAGACACAUAUGAGGAUAUACGAAACAUUGCACAAGAUAUUUACAGAUUUUCGAGAAUUUAUUGGCAAAACAAUAUUUCGAGCUUGCACAGAUGCCAUUCAGGCCCGUGGCUUCUAUCCAGAUGAUGAGGUUAACUAUUAUCCUUCUUUGAAAAAGAUGCGAGAGGCUCACAGUUUUAUGGACAGAGCUCGAAAAAGAGCCUUUUGUAAAACUUUAACAAACUUUUUAACUUACUGCGAUAUGAUGGUCUAUCAAAUGCUUUAUCGUAUUACCAUCAAAAGUUUUGCCGAUCUGGCCUGGGCCUUUGAGGUUCAUGAUGAACUGGGUCCUUCGGAACUCGAUAUCAGCAAACACGAACGGGUCGAUAAAAAAAUUGAAAAACCCCGACCAUCGGACAAGCCUCAAAGUCCUUUCUUCCUGGCCAUGUUGCGGCUUCUGCCGGAUCGCAUCGAUGUGGAACCAUCGGAAGAUGUCAUCAGGAUUAUAUUCCAGCGCAUUACAGGCCUGAUUUUAGAGACAGUUUUAGAGAUUCAUCCUUUUACCACGGAUCCUUUCUUUUCGCAAUAUACACAGCCCUCCAUUAUGGGUCGACAGGAAGAAGUGCUUUACGAAGGAGCCCCUGAUCUGCAUUAUUUGUUAAAAGCCGAUGUUCGAUUUCAAUAUAAUCGGAAAAACAUGUUUAAUUUGAUUCGACGAGCUUACGAUAGAGCUCGUCUCUACACGAUGAGGUUCCACAGCAUUCGGGAGAACUUCGAAGUGGACAACAGUACAGAUCCCACAGUCCUGAACACAGAGAGAGACCUGGAACUGCUGCGUGCCUACUGCGAUCGAUACUGCAACAAUGUCCGGGCCUUGGAUGGCAUCCUGGAGUACAUCUUCUUGGGAUUACUGAAGCUAACCCAAACGAACUUCAAGGAGACAGUGACUCCGGUCUGUUCCCGGCUUCAGAACAUCCUGGCCACCUAUUUGCCCAAGCUGGCCGAGGAGGAAACGACCAGGUUGUACGAGGAGGCACAGGACUUCUAUGGCAGGAUAUGCUACGAACCGCACGAAACCCUCGAGAUUGUGGCCCAUAUUCGGUUCCUGGACACGUGCGACUCUGAGCUGGACGACAUCUUCAAGGGCAUUGACUACGUCCAUGACCUGCUGCUUAUUAUCAAGGACUUUAGCAUACCCAUCGAUGAUGAGUCCAAGGAGGACUACAUGGACACCGAGGACUACUUGAACCGCACCCGAGAGACGCUGGCGGAGAUCAAGGAGAAGCGGCAGGAGUUUAUCAAUCGCCUGGAAGACGCCAUGCAGGAUGACAUCGCCCAGUUGAAGGAGGAGAUCCACGAAGUGGCCAUCAUGGCCCUGGAUCCCUCGCUGUUGGAUGCGAAAUCGGAUCGUAAUGCUGUGACGUCCAAGUUGGACGUAAUGCUGGAUCGGUUGAACGAGUGCCGUGACCGGGCCGAUGAGUUCCUGGGCUAUCAGAAGGAGUUCCAGAUCGACCUAACCAUGUACGAGGAGAUGGCCUCCGGCUUCUAUGACAUCCGGAUGCGUCAGAAUCUCUACAAGACCCAGACCGAGUGGGAGGAGUCCCUGGCCGAGUGGAUCACCGCGGACUUCAAUACCCUGAACGUCAACGACAUGGUCGAGCUGAAUGCCAAGACGAUCAAGAACUGUCUCCAGUUUAUGAAGUACUUGCCGGAGAACAACAUCGUGCCCGUCCUCCAUGCCUCUGCAGAGGCCUUCAAGGAGAAGCUGCCGGUCAUCGGUUAUCUGCGAAAUCCAAACCUGAGAGCUCGCCACUGGACCGAGAUCGAGGACCUGCUGAACCGCAAGUUCUUCCAGGAGAAGGACAUCAUUAUCCAAACGUACGAGGAUGUGCACGCCUUCGACGAUGUCAGUAUCGGGGAGGCGCUCAUGCAGAUCUCCUCGCAGGCCACCGGCGAAGUCCAGCUGGAGAACAUGCUGAAGGCGAUAGAGACCACCUGGAAGGAGACGGAACUCUCCAUUGUAUCGCAUCACGAUGCCAAAGAUGUCUUCAUCCUGGCGGGCACCGAGGAGCUCCAGGCCGUGCUCGAUGACUCGAAUGUGAAUAUCAACACCAUAGCUGCCUCCAAGUUCGUGGGUCCCAUCAAGGGCAAGGUGGAUGAAUGGAUAACGGCCAUGGAUCAGUUUGCCAAGACCUUUGAAUCCUGGAUGGACUGCCAGGGAGCUUGGAUCUAUCUGGAGGCCAUCUUCGCCUCGGCGGACAUCCAACGACAGUUGCCCCACGAGGCCAAGAUGUUCUUCACCGUCGACAAGAGCUUCAAGGAGACGGUCCGCCAGGCCAAGAAGGUGGCCCUCGCCCUGCCCACCAUGUCCAGCGUGGAGGUGUUCAAGUCUCUGGUGGAGAACAAUCGUCUCCUGGACCUGAUAUCCCGCGGUCUGGAGGCCUAUUUGGAGGUGAAGCGUGUGGUGUUCCCAAGAUUCUAUUUCCUGUCCAAUGACGAGCUGCUGGAGAUCCUGGCCCAGACCAGGAUACCCCAGGCUGUGCAGCCGCAUCUGCGCAAGUGCUUCGAUGCCAUCUACCGCUUGGAGUUUGGGUCGAAGGAGGGCGGCGACGGCAAGAUGGUGGCCACCAACGACAUCAUCGCCUUCCUGUCGCCCGAGGGCGAGAAGCUGCAGUUCGGGAAGGGCCUGAAGGCGCGCGGCGCCGUCGAGGAGUGGCUGUCCAAGGUGGAGGAGGCCAUGUUCGUGUCCGUCAAGCGGUACAUGCGCUUCGGCUAUCAGUGCUAUCCGGCCAAGGAGCGCGAGGACUGGUUCCAGGACCAUCCCAAUCAGGUGGUGCUCACCGUCUCCCAGGUGCAGUGGGCGGCCGACAUUCAUCGCAUCUACGAGGGCAAGGAACGCAAUCCCCUCAACAUUCUCGAGAAGAUGGCCAAGUUCGAGAUCAAGUGCCUGAAGGAUCUGGGAGCACUGGCCGCUCUGACGAGGAAGAGCAUCUCCUCGCUGCUGCGGAAGAUCCUGUGCGCGCUGAUCACCAUCGAUGUCCACGCCAAGGACUCGGUGCACAUGCUCAUCGAAAAGGAGGUGUCCAAGCCGACGGACUUCAACUGGCUGAAAAUGCUGCGCUUCUACUGGGCGGAUGAAACGGAAACGGUCUACUCCCGGAUGGCGGCCGCCAACAUCCCGUACUACUACGAGUACCUGGGUGCCGGCGGUGUCCUGGUGCUCACCCCGCUAACGGAUCGCUGCUACCUGUGCCUGAUGGGCGCCUUCCAGAUGGACCUGGGCGGCGCACCGGCCGGACCAGCCGGCACUGGGAAGACGGAGACCACCAAGGAUUUGGCCAAGGCCCUGGCCAAGCAGUGCGUGGUGUUCAACUGCUCCGACGGCCUGGACUACAAGAUGAUGGGUCGCUUCUUCUCCGGCCUGGCCCAGUGCGGUGCCUGGUGCUGCUUCGACGAGUUCAACCGCAUCGACAUCGAAGUGCUCUCCGUGAUUGCCCAGCAACUGAUCACCAUCCGAACGGCCAAGGCGAUGAAGGUGAAGCGCUUCAUCUUUGAGGGCCGCGAGAUCAAGAUCAAUCGCUCCUGCUGCGUCUUCAUCACCAUGAAUCCCGGCUAUGCCGGACGAACCGAGCUGCCGGACAACCUGAAGGCCCUCUUCCGACCCAUUUCCAUGAUGGUGCCGGACUACGCCCUCAUUUCCGAGGUCAUUCUCUACUCGGAGGGCUUCGAAGACCCGAAGAUCCUGGCCAGGAAGAUGGUGCAGAUGUACCAGCUCUGCAGCCAGCAGCUGAGCCAGCAGAACCACUACGACUUCGGCAUGCGAGCCGUGAAGUCCGUCCUGGUGAUGGCCGGAGCCUUGAAGCGCGCCUCGCCCAACCAGCGGGAGGACAUCACCCUGAUUGCCGCUCUCCGGGACUCCAACAUACCCAAGUUCUUGGCCGACGAUGCGGUGCUCUUCCGGGGCAUCCUCAGCGAUCUGUUUCCGGGCGUGGAGCUGCCCGACUCGCAGCACCCCCACCUGGAGGCCAGUCUGCGGCUGGGACUCCGGAACAAGUACCUGCAGGCGGUGCCCACGACGAUCCGGAAGUGCCUCCAGCUGUACGAGACGAUGUGCGUCCGCUGGGGCGUGAUGUUGGUGGGGCCUACGGGGGGCGGCAAGUCCGUGGUCCUGCACGCCCUGGAGUUCGCCCUGUCGCACCUGUUCGAGAACGAGGUCCAUGACCCGAACUUCCGGCCGGUGGUCAUCCAAACCAUGAAUCCCAAGGCGGUGACGAUGAACGAGCUGUACGGCUAUGUGGACGCCAAGACGCUGGAAUGGCAGGACGGGCUACUGGGCUUGGCGGUGCGCACAGCCACCUUGGUGGAGGAUGAAAUCCAUCAGUGGAUCAUGUGCGAUGGGCCGGUGGACGCCGUGUGGAUUGAGAAUCUGAACACCGUGCUGGACGACAACAAGAUGCUCUGUCUGGCCAACUCGGAGCGCAUCAAGCUGACCGCCUGGAUCCAUAUGCUCUUCGAGGUGCAGGACCUGCUGCAGGCCUCCCCCGCCACCGUCUCCCGCUGCGGCAUGGUCUACGUGGAUCCCGGCGAUCUCGGCUGGAUCCCCCUGAUCGACACCUGGCGCGAAGUGGACAUGGGCAAGAAGCUGCCGCCCCAGCUGGCCGACUUCCUCUACCAGCUCUUCGUCGGGUACUUCGACAAGGCCCUAAAGAUCGAGAGGAAGCGGGCGGUGUACACCAUCCACCAGGUGCUCGGCUCCAAGGUGCGCCUGUGCUGCAAUCUCACCUCGUCCCAGCUGGAGGCCGUCAACUGGCGGACCAUGGCCGAUGACCCGGCCAAGGAGCUGCUCACCAAGAUCUUUGCCUGGACGGUGCUCUGGGCGAUUGCCUCCAACCUGAAGGAUGCCGAGAAGGUGUCCUUUGAGGAGCAGUGGAGUCGGGCCAUGAGCCAGCAUCCCAACAUGACAUUACCCAAAUCCUCGAUGUGGAACUUCCGGAUAGAUCUGGAGAAGCAGGACUGGGGCAGCUGGAACCAGAUCAUGCAAAAGUUCCACUUCGAUCCGGAGAUCUCUUACUAUGACAUGCAAGUGCCCACAGUGGACACCACCAAAUAUGGCUAUGUGGCUGACUUGCUCUUCAAGAGGAGCAUGCCCGUGAUGGUGACUGGAGACACGGGAGUGGGCAAGACCGUCCUCGCCAUUAGCUGCAUGAAGCGACUGCAGAGCGAGGGCAAGGUCAUACCCGUCAUCCUGAACUUCUCCGCCCAGACGAGCAGUGUCCGCACCCAGGAGAUGAUCGAGGGUCCGCUGGAGAAGCGCAAGAAGACGCAGCUGGGAGCGCCGGUGGGCAAGACGGUGAUCGUCUUCAUCGACGACGUCAAUAUGCCCAAGCUGGACACGUACGGUGCCCAGCCGGCCAUUGAGCUGCUGCGUCAGUUCCUCGACUUCAAGGGCUUCUACGAUCGGGAGAAGCUCUUCUGGAAGGAGAUCCUGGACGUGGUGCUGGGCUGUGCCUGCGCUCCGCCUGGAGGUGGCCGGAAUCCGCUGACGCCCCGCUUCGUCCGGCACUUUGCCCUGUUCUCGCUGCCCAAGCCCAACGAGGAGACCCUCACCCAGAUCUUCAAUGGGAUCCUGCGCGGCUUCCUGCAGACCUUCUCCGGCACCAUUCGCGCCCUCUCCGAGCCGAUGGUCAACGCCUGUGUGGACGUCUAUAUGCGGGUGGCCAACGUGAUGCUGCCGACUCCCGAUCGCUCGCACUACAUCUUCAACUUGCGGGAUCUGUCCAAGUGCAUCCAGGGCAUCCUGCAAGCCAGCAACCUGCACUACAACCAGGAGAGCCAGAUCCUCAGGCUGUUCUACCACGAGACCACCCGUGUCUUCCACGAUCGCCUCAUCAACCAGGACGACAAGAAUCUCUUCAAGAGCCUCAUGAAGGAUGUGUGUCUGGACCACUUUAAUCGGCAGGUAAUCGGCGAUGAUGAACCGGAGGUCCUCUUUGGAGACUUUAUGGUCUUUGGAAAGCCCAAGAACGAGAGAAUCUACGAUGAGAUCAAGGACCAUGGAAAGCUGGAGAGCGUCCUCAACGACUACAUCGUGGACUACAACUCGAUAGCGGUGGGUAAGGGCAUGAAGCUGAUCCUCUUCCAGGACGCCAUGGAGCAUACGGUGCGGCUGGCCCGUCUCCUGCGCAGCGAUCGGGGCAACGGUCUCCUGGUGGGUGUGGCCGGCAUGGGCAAGCAAUCCCUCACCAGGCUGGCCUCCCACGUCAACGAAUACAACUGCUGGCAGAUCGAGAUGAGGCGGAACUACGAUCUCAAUGCCUUCCACGAGGAUCUCAGAGUUCUCUACAGGAUUGCAGGGAUUGAAAACCAACCUGUGACCUUCCUGCUGAUUGACAGCCAGAUUGUGGAGGAGGAGUUCCUGGAGGACAUCAACAAUAUCCUCAAUUCCGGCGAGGUUCCCAAUCUCUUCGAGGGGGAUGAGUACGAGAAGAUCAUCCUGGAUGCCCGCGAUGGCUGUAAUGAGAACAGAAAGGAUGAGCCCUGCACUCGGGACGAGAUCUACAAGCACUUCAUCAACCGGGUGCGGAACAACCUCCAUGUGGUCAUGUCGAUGAGUCCGGUGGGUGAUGCCUUCCGCAGGAGAUGCCGCAUGUUCCCCUCGCUGGUCAACUGCACCACCAUCGAUUGGUUCACCAGCUGGCCCACCGAAGCCCUCUACUCGGUGGCCCUGGGACUGCUGAACAAGAUCGCCCCCAAGAUGGAGGACCGGGUGGCGCUGGCCAGCACCACGGUGUUCAUGCAUAAGACCGUGGAGGAUGCCUCGGUGCGGUUCUACAAGGAGAUGAAGCGCCACUACUACACCACGCCCAGCAGCUACCUGGAGCUGCUCAAGCUCUACCAGAAUCUCCUCAAGCUCAAGAACCAGGAGAUCAUUGCCAAGAGGAAGCGCAUCGCCAAUGGUCUGAACAAGCUCCUGGAAACCAACGAAGUGAUCGCUGUCAUGGGCAAGGAACUGGAGGUGAUGGUGCCGCAGCUGGACGAGAAAUCCGCCUUGAUGAAGUCCCUGGUGGAUAACCUGACCAAGGAGACCAAACAGGCGGACGCCGUCAAGCAGAGCGUCAUGGAGGACGAGACGAACGCCAAGGAGAAGGCGGCGGUGGCCCAGGCCAUAUCCGAGGACGCCAGCAAGGAUCUGGAGAUAGCCAUGCCGGCACUACGCGAGGCCGAGGAUGCCCUCAAGGGUCUCACCAAGGCGGACAUCAAUGAGCUGAAGUCCUUCACGACACCCCCGGCGCUGGUGCAGUUCUGCAUGGAGGCGGUGUGCAUCCUACUGGGUGCCAAACCCACCUGGGCCUCGGCCAAGGCCAUCAUGGCGGACAUCAACUUCAUCAAGCGGCUCUUCGAGUACGACAAGGAGCACAUGAAGGACGACACCCUCAAGAAGGUCAAGAAGUACAUCGAUCACAAGGACUUUGUGCCAGCAAAAUUCGAGAAGGUCUCCAAGGUGGCCAAGUCGGUGAGCAUGUGGGUCAUUGCCAUGGACAAGUUCUCCAAGGUCUACAAGGUGGUGGAGCCGAAGAUCAAGCGCAAGGAGGCCGCCGAGGCGGAGCUCAAGGAGGUGAUGACCGUGCUCCGGCAGAAGCAGAAGGAGCUGGCCGCCGUCGAGGCCAAGAUCCAGGCCCUGCGCGACAGUCUCGAGGAGAAGCAGCGCGAGUUCCAGGUCAUCCAGGACAACGUCGAUCUCACCUACGGCCGGAUCAACCGUGCCGGCCGUCUCACCUCCGCUCUGUCCGACGAGCAGGUGCGCUGGCGGGAGACCGUCAAGUCCCUGACUGGCGACCUGGCCUGCGUCCCGGGGGAUGUCCUGGUGGCCGCCGCCUGCGUCGCCUAUCUGGGCGCCUUCUCCAACGAGUACCGGCGCGACAUGAGCGCCCUGUGGGUGACCAAGUGCCGGGAGCACAAGAUCCCCUCCAGCGGCGACUUCAACCUCCUGAAGGUGCUCGGCGAUCCGUACGAGAUGCGCCAGUGGAACGUCGACGGCCUACCCAAGGACAACAUAUCCAUUGAGAAUGGCAUCUACGCCACCCGGGCACUCCGCUGGGCGCUCAUGAUCGAUCCCCAGGAGCAGGCCAAUCGCUGGAUCCGCAACAUGGAGGGCGCCAACAAUCUCCAGGUCAUCAAGAUGACGGAUCCGGGCAUGAUGCGCGUCCUGGAGAACAGUGUCCGGCAGGGCUACCCGGUCCUGCUGGAGGAAAUCAACGAGACGAUCGAUCCUUCGCUGCGCCCCAUCCUCCAGCGGGAGACCUACAAGUUCGAGGGUCGGGUGUACCUGAAGCUGGGCGACCAGGUCAUCGACUACGACGACAACUUCAAGCUCUACAUGACCACCAAGCUGCCCAAUCCCCACUACCUGCCCGAGGUGUGCAUCAACGUCACGUUGGUGAACUUCCUGGUGACGGAAAGCGGCCUGGAGGAUCAGCUCCUGGCGGACAUUGUGGCCAUUGAACUGCCCGCCAUGGAGAUCCAACGCAAUGACCUCGUCGUGAAGAUCAACUCCGACAAGCAGCAGCUGCUGGCGCUGGAGGACAAGGUCCUGAAGCUGCUCUUCAACUCCGAGGGCAAUAUCCUGGACGAUGAGGAGCUGGUGGAGACCCUCAACGAUGCCAAGGAAACCUCCUUGAUCAUCGCCGCCCGACUGAUCGACACGGAGGAGACGGAAAAGAUCAUCACUGCCUCCCGGGAGCGGUACCGCAUCCUGGCAUCGCGCGGCGCCAUCCUCUACUUUGUGGUGGCCGGCCUGGCCGAGAUCGAUCCCAUGUACCAGUACUCCCUGAAGUACUUCACGCAGGUCUUCUGCAAUGUCCUGCGACUGGAUCAUCCCGUCCAGACGGUGGAGGUGCGGAUAGCCACCCUGAUGGUGGACGAGCUUAAGGCCAUUUUCGACAACAUAUCGCGGGGGCUGUUCGAGAACCACAAGAUCAUCUUCAGCUUCCUGCUGGCCCUGUCCGUGGAGCGGCAGGAGAAGCGCGUCACCGACGAGGAGUUCAACUUCCUGACGCGCGGCUCCGUGGGCAAUAUCCGGCCAAAGAAGAUGCCGGCCAGCCUGAAGCUCAGCCAGAUGCAGUGGGAUACGUGCAUCUAUCUGGAGGACAACUUCCCGGACGUCUUCUCCGGCUUCACCGAUGAACUGGACAAGCCAUUCUUCAUCCAGCUGAUGGACAACCGGGAGGACUUUGACUUUGCCGGCACGAAGCAACCGCCCACGGACAAGUGGAACAAGCGGUUGAAGCUCUUCAGCAAGCUGAUGUUCGUGGCGGUCUUCCGGAAGCCCAGAUUCCUCCUGAACAUCGUCUGCUAUCUGAACGGCACCGUGGGGCGAUACUUUACGGAAGCGGGAGCCGGAACCCAGCUCAGCACGGUCUACCUGGACACCUCAGCGAUUACACCUCUGAUCUUUGUCCUGUCCACUGGGUCGGAUCCCAUGGCUGGUUUCCUCAAGUUCACCACCCUGAUGCAGUUCACGGACAAGUACUACUCGAUAUCCCUGGGCCAGGGGCAGGGUCCGCUGGCGGAGAACCUGAUCGAGAAGAGCCUGAGGUUGGGGCACUGGGUGUUCCUGCAGAACUGCCAUCUGGCCACGUCGUUUAUGCAGACCCUGGAGACGAUUGUCCGCAACCUGACCCUCGGGAUCACCAAGGCCAAUCCGGAGUUCCGGCUGUAUCUCUCCUCCAUGCCCAUUGCCACGUUCCCGAUCAGCGUGCUCCAGAACUCGGUGAAGAUCACCAAUGAGCCGCCCAAGGGCAUCAAGGCGAACGUGAUGGGCGCCCUGGCCGACCUCAAGCCGGACUUCUUCGAGCAGCACAUCCAGAACGGCAACUGGCGGGCCAUCGUGUUCGGGCUGUGCAUGUUCCAUGCCGUGCUCCUCGAGAGGCGCAAGUUCGGGCCGCUGGGCUGGAACAUCACCUACGAGUUCAGCGAGAGCGACCGGGAGUGCGGCCUGAAGACGCUGGACUUCUUCAUCGAUCGCGAGGUGGCCGAGGACAUACCCUGGGAGGCGAUCCUCUACAUCAACGGCGAGAUCACGUGGGGCGGUCGCGUCACCGACUACUGGGAUCUGCGCUGUCUGCGCACCAUCCUGAUGAUCUUCUCCUCCAAGCGGAUCAUCCAUCCGGAGUACAAGUACUGUCGCGGUGAGAGCAACUACCGGGAUCCCAGGAAGAAGACCCUGGUGGAGUACGCCAACUUUGUGCAGAACUUCCCGGUGCUGGAGGAUCCGGAGAUCUUUGGCAUGAACCAGAACGCCAACAUUGUCUUCCAGACGAAGGAGACGGACUUCUUCAUCAGCACCCUGCUGCUGGGCCAGCCCAGGUCGUCGGCGGACGAGGGCCAGGCGGCGGAGAACGAGAUCGCCCAGCAGAUCAUAGCCCGCAUCCAGAAGGCUCUGGUAACCAAGAUUCAACGGGAGCCUCUGCACGACACCCUUUCGGUGCUGGACAGCAAGGGCCAGGUGCCGUCCCUGACCAUUGUCCUCGUCCAGGAGAUCGAUCGCUUCAACAUCUCGCUGGGCAUCAUCCACGACAGCCUGGCGAACCUGUCCAAGGCCAUCAAGGGUCUGGUGGUGAUGUCCGAGGAGCUGGAGAACGUCUUCAAGGCCCUCCUGGCCAACCUGGUGCCCGCCUCCUGGGCGAAACGCAGCUUCCUGUCCAUCAAGCCGCUGCCCAGCUACAUCGCGGACUUCCAGCGGCGCAUCGACUUCAUCCAGCAGUGGGCCGAGAAUGGAGCACCCCGCUCCUACUGGAUCAGUGGCUUCUUCUUCCCCCAGUCCUUCCUCACGGGCAUCCUGCAGACCUACGCCCGUCGCCGCAUUCUGCCCAUCGACUCCCUCAAGAUUGACUUUGAAAUCGUGGAGAAGGAGCUCAUCCAGCAGGACUUUUUCGAGAUGCACUCCAACAACAAGAGCGACGCCAAGCUGUAUGGCAAUCUGCCGGAGUGCACCGACGCCAUCAUCCAUGUGCAUGGAAUCUUCAUCGAGGCGGCGCGCUGGGACCUGAGCAAGGGCGGCCUGUGCGACGCCAACUUUGGGGAGCUCUACACCCGGAUGCCGGUGGUCAAGUUCAAGCCCUGCCUGGAGAUCUCGCCCCAGAUCCGGUACGAGGCGCCCCUCUACAAGACCCAGCAGCGUUCCGGCGUCCUCUCCACCACCGGCCACUCGACCAACUUUAUACUCUCCGUUCUCCUCAAGAGCAACAACGAUCCGGAGUUCUGGAUAAUGCGUGGCACUGCCCUGGUCUCGGGUGUGGUGGAGAACGUGUGCUAG